ACUUUACGUAUUGCUGUGCUCUUAAGUAAGUCAAAAAGCUUCUUCUUGCGUGCAGCAAGUCCUGGGUAGGAGGUUUAUUCUCUCGCCCCUCUGCUUCAAGGCUCUUCGUCAGCACUUCUACGGAGGUGUAUUGCCAUGACGACCAACCCAGCCGCCACCCCUGUCCCAGUGGAGGAUGUCCAGGGGGACAGGCGAUGGAUGGACCUGCAUGAACACUAUGUGAGAGAAGCUCAUGAGAAGGAACCUGAGGUUUUGUUUGUAGGGGAUUCUCUAAUACUACAGCUGACACAGACACAGAUAUGGAAAGAGAAGUUUGAACCAAUGCACUGCCUUAACUUUGGCUGUGGCGGAGAUGCUACCCAGCAUGUCCUCUGGAGACUACAGAACGGAGAACUGAAAAAUAUUGCACCAAAGGUUGUGGUGUUUCUUGCGGGGACUAACAACCACGGGCACACAGCAGAGCAGGUUGCAGGGGGGAUUGAGGCCUGUGUGAGGACCAUUGUACAACAACAACCACAGGCCAAGGUUUUGGUUUUGACCAUACCACCACGAGGCCACCAGCCCAACCCACUGCGUGUGAAGAAUGAGGAGGUGAACAGAUCAGUGUCCACCCUACUCGAGUCUUUCCCCAGUGUACAGUUGGUGGACGUGUGUCAGGGCCUUCUACAGUCAGAUGGGACCAUCAAUCACAACGACAUGUACGACUAUCUGCAUUUGACCAGUUCUGGAUAUGCAAAAUUCUGUGAACCCUUGUAUUGUGCCUUGGCCGAGAUCUUAAAAAUGCAAGAUGCAACUGCACUGGCGAUGGAUGCUGCAGACAACUUAGUGGAGACCCCAGACUGAUGAUAUGCAGGACUGGUCCUCUUAUGAUGAUCAUGUCAUCUCAUUGUGGAAAGACGCAAAACUUUAAAUCCACAAGUCACAAGUAUGGGCUUAGUGGGUGACGGGCUUCACUAACUUGUAUUUAUAACCUGUAUCAUUCAUUUAUCAAGGUAAGCUUAAACCAAAAGCAGGGAUACUACAAUAUCUACUUACAUCUUCUUGUAUUUUAUAUAACACAAGGAUAACUCAUUUUUAUUUCACAACACAGACCCACCAUACAGUUCCAAGCAUGCUUAUCUUAAUUAGUAUUAUUAAUUUUUACCAGUUCUAAUAACAAAAGCACUUCAAGAAAAAUAUAUACCUACUAUACUGCUGUAGCAAUGCUUUGGAAAGCAGCACCUGAAACAUGGAUAAACAACAGAUGAAAGCUUUGCACAAAGCAUUUAGUACUUCCUGCUGUUGCUGUUCAUGUGAUACUGUAUGUAGCAAAUUACAGUCAAAGUUAUCUGUAGAAUUAGGGUACUAUCUGGCACUGCUGAGUAAUUACAUCAUACCACCAAGUACUUUGUACGUGUACAUGAUUCCCAAUAAGUCACUUUCUUUGCAGCUGAACAUUAACAAUAUAUAUUAUAAUUACAUUGUAUCAUGACAAUGUAUUCCUCUUUUUUGAGUAGUUUUAUUACUGAACUUGUUUGGUGAAUGACAUCCAAGGGCACUAGCUGAUUUGAUUGAACAAAGUGUCAAUGUACACAGCUGGAGAAAUUGCAGCAACAAAUACUUACCUUCUGUAAACUUAGUAUAAUGGUUAAAAACUUGUGUCAAUGUCACUGUAUGUGUCUACUAAUAAAUAAACAGGAGAAUUCACCAAUGAUU